CCUGUCCCGGGGUGCUCCACAUCCCAACAGGAAUGGGGGAACGCUGCACUCCGGUGUUUGCCUCCCUCCCCUGGGCCAGGAUGGGGCUGGGAUGCUCUGUGUUCCCAGUGGAAUCUGGGGGACCCUGUGUCCCACUGCUGUCUUGUGCAUUCUGUCACCCCGGGUGGGGCUGGGAUGCUCUGUGUUCCCGAUGGGAAUUGGGGGGACGCUGUGCCUCAGCACGGUGCCACCUCUGCUCUGUCAUCUGUGCCAGGAUGGGACCAGGAUGCUCCGUGUUCCCAACUGGAGCAGGGGGACACAGCACCGUGCCUGCUGUGCUUUGUCACCUGCCGGGACGCUGCUGCCCGGGGCCGUGCCACCUGCACUCCAUCCCCGCGUUCCCGCCGGGGCUGUGGUCGGGCUCGUGUCCGCGGUCUGUUUGCAAUCAGCCCCGGAGCCGCGUGAGGCCGGGCCCGGUGCCAGCCCCAGCCUGGAAAAGGGAGAGCGGGAGCGGCGGGAGGCAGAGCCGGGGAGCGCAGCCCGGCGAGCGGGGAGGCGGCAGCUGCCCGGCCCUGCCCGGGGCACAGCAGCCCCGGGGACACGGGGACACGGGGACACGGGGACACGGGGACACGGCCCCGCCAUGGCCCGGCUGCUGCCGCUCCUGCUGCUCGCCGUCCUGGGCUGCGCCGCCCGGCCGGGCCGGCGCCUUGCGGCGGGGCACGACGGAGCUGACGCCCAGAGACCCGCGGCGAGGGGCUGCGCCAACCUGACGCUGGUCCUGGACAACUGGAAAUUCGCCAUCACGUCCCAGCUGCGGAACCUGCUGCUGGCGGACCACCAGAGCGUGCUGCCCGACUACGGCCGGAUCCCGGCGCUCUCGGGGGCCCUGGACGAGCUGUACCGGGAUUUCCGCGGCCUGAAGGAGCAGCUGGGCCGGCUCUCGGAUCGCUUCGCCCACAUCGAAGCCUCCGUGGAGCAGCUGAGCCGGGCCCGGGGCGCUGCAGCCGCCCCGCGCCGGGGAGGGAUCGCCCCGAGCCCCCGCAGGGCCCCCGGGACCCCGCAGUGAGCGGGGCUCGCCCGGGCCGGGGCUCGGGCUUGGGGGGCUCAGCCUGGGGGCACAGGCAUGGCUUGGGGG